ACCCCCAGCUGCCGCCCUGGUUACUCACUGAACACGACAGACUGUGAACCGCUCUGGUUAUUAAUAAUUCACCAGCCCUCCGCUCCGCUCCGUUUCUCCGGCCGCGGCCGCAUGCAGGACCCCGCACGGCACGACCUCAUUGCGCCGGUGCCUCCGUGCAGCCACGCUGGGUUUUCACUUCGAGUUGUUUUUCUUACAUUUUUUUGGGGGGGGGAUUUACUCGGUGUCUCACACAGGCGUACGCACAUUUCACCUCCUUGUUCACGUGUUUAGCCUAUAGGCAGUCCCGGCUGGCAGUGCCCACCGAGCCCCGCUAUAGUCUCAUCAACUCUUUAUUGUUGCGACAUCCGCGCUGCCACAUGGUGAGUUCGGUUGUAGACGCUGUUCUCUCCGCGACUUUCUCCGGACACUGAGGAACAGGUGGGGGGGAGGACCGAGCGAGGAGGAACGUUUUCAUAUCAGCAAAGCCGGGAGCAUGCACAAGGGGGGAAAGCGCGCGGCGGCGUCCCAUCUGCAGGAGCAACAGCUGAUCUGGUGAGCGCGUAAACAGAGAGUGCAAAGCUACUUACUGUCGGUGCACGGCCACACUCCUGCUCUGUCACUCGGGCUCACACGGUGACUGUGUCGGUGUCGCGGCGACUCAGUGGACAUUACGGUACCGGGACAAACUGGACAGAGAACAGGCAAGCACAGCCUUGGAGCCGACCAUUUUCAUGGAAAUUUCACGAGUUGAAACCGAACAUAAACACCUUGCAUGAAGAAGUCGGGAAGCAGACGAUUUGGAUUACACAGCUCUGUCCUCCUUUGCCUUGAUUGAGAGGAGUUGACUACAAAUUACCACAAAAAAAAUGUUUACCGGGCAGCAGGCCGUGUAUUAGGGCUAUUUUGCUUCCGGUAUAAGGCCCAGCCGAACAAGAAACCGAGUUUUCUCUCUCCCACACACUUUUUUUUUUGGAAGCCGAACUUUUGAGAGUGGAAAAUGGGUCUUUGAGAGUGUUGGCACAUUUCCCUACACCACAAUGGCAACCGAAACCUUUCUGUUGAACGAAGAACCCUCCAGAGGUCCUGGGAUGCCUGAAUGCUUUGUAGUAUCAGAUUCAUACAGGUAUUACCCUACUCACCUUCUAAACAAUGCCUUAGUGGAUGAAUUUCAUCCCUUCAUUGAGGCCCUCCUCCCCCAUGUCCGUGCCUUCUCCUACACCUGGUUCAACCUGCAGGCCCGCAAGCGCAAGUACUUCAAGAAGCACGAGAAGAGGAUGACCAAGGACGAAGAGCGCGCGGUGAAGGACGAGCUGCUGGGCGAGAAGCCGGAGAUCAAGCAGAAGUGGGCCUCGCGCCUGCUGGCCAAGCUCCGCAAGGACAUCCGGCCCGAGUUCCGCGAGGACUUUGUGCUCACCAUCACGGGGAAGAAGGCGCCCUGCUGCGUGCUGUCCAACCCCGACCAGAAGGGCAAGAUCCGCCGCAUCGACUGCCUCCGCCAGGCCGACAAGGUGUGGCGGCUGGACCUGGUCAUGGUCAUCCUGUUCAAGGGCAGCCCCCUGGAGAGCACGGACGGCGAGCGGCUGGUCAAGUCGCCCCAGUGCUCCAACCACGGCCUGUGUGUCCAGCCGCACCACAUCGGAGUGACGGUCAAGGAGCUGGACCUCUACCUGGCCUACUUCGUCCACACACCAGAACAAUCAGGACAAUCCGACAACUCAAACCAGCAAGGAGACACAGACGUCAAGCCCCCACCAAAUGGCCACUUGAGUUUCCAGGACUGCUUUGUGACUUCAGGGGUGUGGAACGUAGCCGAGCUGGUCCGCGUUUCGCAGACCCCGGUUGCUACAGCGACCGGCCCCAACUUCUCCCUGGCUGACCUGGACAGCCCCGGCUACUAUAACAUCAACCAGGUGACCCUGGGACGGCGCUCCAUCACCUCCACCCCCUCCACCAGGACUGAAAUGGAGCUUUAUGCAAGUCUCCCACGGAGCUCCAACAAGCGCAAGUCCAUUGACGACAGUGAGAUGGAGAGCCCGGUGGACGAUGUCUUCUACUCGGGCCGUUCCCCGGCGGCAGGCAGCAGCUCCCAGUCCAGCGGUUGGCCUAACGAUGUGGAUGCAGUGCAACACCAUUUGGCCAGUGUGCAGGAGAGGAAGAUUAAGCAUGAGAGCGAUGGAGUGCAGUUUCCUUACCAUGGACUCUCAUCGCCUGGUUCUCUUAAGAAGCCGGGGAAAUUCGAUUUCAGCGCCCUCUCCUCCCAGACGAGGUCCCCCCGCAUGGCGUUCACCCACCACCCACUGCCAAUGCUGGCGGGAGUGAGACCAGAAAUGUAUCUGUUGGCAGGGAGUCCCCGUGCUUCAGCCUCGGCCUUGCACUUCCCGUCUCCCUCCAUCAUUCAGCAGUCUAGCCCAUACUUCACCCACCCAACCAUCCGCUACCACCACCACCCUGGACAGGACCCCCUGAAGGAAUUUGUGCAGUUUGUCUGUGCUGAUGGCUCGGGGCAGGCCGGCGGACAGCCAAACGGGAGCGGCCAGAGCAAAAUGCCAGGCUCCUUCUUGCUGCCUCCACCUCCCCCAGUGGCCCGCCCAGUGCCCCUCCCUAUGCCCGACUCUAAACCCAACAGCACGCCCCCUGACGGCGGACUCUCCUCGUCCGCAUCUCCGUCAUACUCCACGCCAGGCGCCACAGCUUCCAACAGGUUUGUCGGCAUCGGAUCACGGGACAACAACUUUCUGAACAUCCCGCAGCAGACGCAGUCUUGGUUCCUCUGACAAGAUCUGUGUCCAAACCAGCAACUAGAAUUCUUUCUUUACAAUCGGAAAUAGAAAAACAGAGAAACAACCCGCAGGAUAAUAAUCGUCCUCCAACCAACCGACCCGCCGACCGGCCCUGACAGUACGUCUCAACCUGAUAACAAAAUAUAACCGAGCAACGCAGGAAAUUCCAGCAGCAUGACGCUUUUUAGAGGAACUCUGGACUCAUUUAUCCAGUCAGAGGGAGGACCCGUCUCGAGCAACAAGAUGGAUCGAUGGUAAAGAUGAACGGAUGGACAAGAGGAUGCCCAGGAUAAAGAAGGGGUAAGGGGACAAACAGCAGCAAGCAGGUCUCUCCUAAAACAACAACCACCACCGAACCAGCAGCAACGCAGGAGGAACCCGAGGAAGGAGGGGGAAAGCGGUCAACUGUCUCCUACUUUCGUGAGGACGCAUUGUGUAAAUGAAUGGCUAAGAAACUCAACUGUCCAACAAAAACAAAAUCAGGUUCCCACGACACAGAUGUUACAUUUAAGCUACACAAAUCCAUUUGGUUUCCAAUGAAAGCUGCAGUCCACGCUCCUGUGAUGUCUUUCAUCACCCUAAAAAAGAAAAAAAAAAUCCAAUCGACCAAUGUUUCUCUCCCUCUGAGUGACCAUUGACUCAACAAAGUCCCCUUUUUAUUUACCCCUGCUACUAACUAGAGAGAGAUCAUGCCAAAACAUAUCUUGAUUAAGGGUUGCACUAGAAGCUGAAUCAAUUAACACUAAUCGUAACGAUGUGCACUAUUUACCUACAAGGCAUGGGAGAUUAACCAGACUUGCCUAUUAAGAGUUUUAAAGAGAAAAAAAAAAAAAACAACAACCUAGGUACAAGAAGCCUUUCGUGUGUCCUCGACCCAUUGUUCAGUUUGACAAAUCAUUGGCCUCCGCUCAUUCUGACAUUUCCCCGCACAACGCACACUCACACAAUCUGUGCCAUGACCACAGCAUGUGUGUGUACGAUCGAAAACACACACAGUUGCCCAGUCAGACCUUUUAGAUUGUAGUCUCCACAGGUGGCAGUGUUGUAAUCAUAUUUUCCAAUGUAUCUGCACACAGUAAGUCCAGUGAACUCUCUACCUAUUUGAUUAGAUAUCCAAACGUCACACACGCUGAAAAUCCCAGUGUGUGUGUGCAUGUGCGCAUCAUUACUGGCAGUUUUCACGACUACAGACAGCAGUUAUUGGUUCCCCCCCUUUGCCCUCUUUGUAAUGUAGAUGAAUGAUUUUGUUAUCGCUUGUGUGUUCUCUUAUUUGAAUUUAUUCCUUUUGGAUUUGUACUAUUUUAUAAUUGUUUUGUAUUUGAAUUACAGCACCUUAUAGAGAAACACAGUAAGAAGUGGGAUGUUGAAGCGGUGUAGACAGGGUGGUUCGCUGACCUGGAUCAAAUAGUACAUUACAAAAAAACACAAAAAAGCAUUGACAUUUUUCGGGAAAUACACUUUUUUUUUUUUUUUCUGAGAGGUAGGCGAGAAGAUCGAUACCACACUUGUGUGUACAUGAAAUGUGAAGCUACCACGGGCAGCUGGUUAGCUUAGCUUAGCAUAAAGGCUGGAAACGGCUAGCAGGCCUCUGCAGGAGGCCUUUGCAUCCAAACACAGCUCGUAGGCAGAUUUUGUUACCUUUGGACCGAGCCAGGCUAGCUGGUUCCCCUUAUUCUUUAUGCUAAGCUAAACUAACCAGCUGCUAGCGAUAGUUUCAUCUUUUACGGACAGACAUGAGAGUGGUAUUGAUCUUCUUGUCUAACUCUCGGCAAAAAAGAAAAAGCAAAUACAGGUCUUUUCCACACGUUCAAAAAUAAAAUUUUUUCCUCCGUGCCAGAUAAACCUAUUUGCCACGUACAGUAAAGUACUGCAAGACGACACAAUGCAGGAUUUUGACAAUCACAGGAAGCUUAUUUUCUGGGGAACUUACGUGCUGAACCAUACAGGUCAACAACAACAACAAAACCAGCCCCAUCUACUAUUUGACCCAGGAACAGCCGGUGGUGGAGUGAUAGAAAAACAGAACCAAGGAGGAAAAAAAAAAAAAGGUUGCUGAAGAUGGGACCCAGACUAAAAGAGAGAGUAGCUCUUCUUUUCUGUCUCCCUAAAGUUUACCCUGUUGUUUACACUCCCAGACGGGCCGCUGCUCCAAGAGCAGAGGGAGCCACACUGUGGAGCAAAAUGAAUAUGUGACAUAUCUGGCUGUUUGCGGAGAGGGAACGAGGGCCUCUAAGGCUAGCAGUAGGACGAUCACCCGUGUGCCCAUUUUUGUUUUUUGGUGCACGGGAUCAGGUAAAGGAUAUCGGUUGCUAUGGAAACCCCCCCCCCACCCCUCCCCCAACACACACACAUACACCAGCACUCCCCACUUAACUAUUGUGAAUCGAUGAGCCCUUAAUGAUCAAAACUGCACUAAAACAAUCAUACCAGCCAACCUUGUGAGAAACGUAUUCCAGUAGAUUGACCGUUGCAGUGGAUGUAUCGCUGGGAUGGAAACACACUUGUAGAGCACAGAUGGCCACUUCUUAAACACAGACUUAUAAAGACCACUUACUAUAAAUGCAAACACCCCUCCACCCCCCCCCCAUGCUCGACUAUUUCAAUUCAAAGGGAAGUCUUAAAAAUAGACAAUCUGAGGAGGCCUUUAUGCUUUCAAUCGUUUUUUAUAUCCUUAGCCCAUACAUAUAUUCUGAGUGAUUCAGUUAUCUCCUGGUAAAAAAAAUGACUAAUCCAACCUCACAAAAUAACUGGACUGCCUGGCCAUGUUCUUCACUGCAGGGAAACACAACAUAGUUGGCCAAAAGCGAACGGCGCCCCAUCUCAUCCGCUUCGUAGAGAGAACUAGCUCGGCUGAGUACGACGUUAACGGCGGCUAAACGUGAUUUCUUUUCUAAUCUAUGGAAGUGCCUCUGUAUUCCCAUUAUGCAAUUUGUCAAACAUGAAUUCAGGUUCUUUUUUCUCACAUAUAAGCUAUAGUGAAUGGUGGAAAAUUUUAUGUCAGGAGAAAGGUGGGGGGGGGGGGACAAAACGGUGACAGCUCACUAGAUAAUCGCAAGCAUCUUUAUAUAUAAUACACAUAUAUAUUUAUAGAUAUAUACUUUUUUUUUUUAUUUGCAAGAUAAGCUCUGUGGCAGUCUAGUUAUUUUUUGAAGCAUGGCGUACAUCGCACAGUCAUAGGAUGCAUCUGAAAAAGCGCUGAUUAGAGCUAAAGUACCAGUCUCUAAAACCCCACACUAAAUGACGAAAAAUACACAAAAUCUGCAGCAAACACAACAAUAGACACAUAGACAGUGAUGGUAAUGUAGUUGAGGAUUUAAAAAAAAAAAAAAAAAGAACAGAUUUGGUUUUGUUGUUUUCUUUCUUGUUUUGAUGGGAAGUAUUGUUCUUGAAACUAAAUGAUGUAUGUCGAUUGAGCCAUGUGCAAUGCCUUGGUAGAGGAAUUGUGUUUGUGUGUUAGCGAUUGUUUGAGGGUGUCACGAGAAAAGAGGGGGGAAAAAAAGAAAAAAAAAAACCUCUACGUUUCUUUUUUUUGUUUCUUUUUUUUCAAGUCCACAUGCUCCGGGACUCUAAAUACGAGGGCAGCGAGAAAAAUAUCCCAGUCUGUGUAAGUAAGUUUUGGGAAAUAGUUUUUAAUUUCCUUUUUUUUUUUUUGUUGUUGUUGGUUUUUUUUGUUCUCCUUUUAUCGCUUUUUUUAAGAAAAGAAAAAAAAAAACUUCAUUUCUAAUGAUUUGUUUUUAAAAUGUGGGAGGGCUGAAGGAACGAUUUUGCAACUCAUAAAAUAUAUAUCACUAUGAAACCUGGUGCUUUCGUAAAGAUUAAAAGUACAUUCAAUCUCUAUUAUACAUAAAUAAUAAUAAACAAAAUUAAGUGUUAUGAUAAAAAAGCAAAUUUUUAGGAAAACAUGCAUUAUUCUAUUUCUUUUUCUUUUGUAUUUACCGAGGGGGGAGGGGUUCAUUGUAUGAAAAGGUUGUUGUGACAAAAGGCAUUCUCCUUCUCCCCCCCCCCCACCCCACCCCACCCCAAUAUCACAUAGCAGAGGAGCAGUCGGAGGGAGAUAAACCUGGAUCUUGUAUCCAACACGAUCAAUCCUAGUGUGGGACAAAGACAAGAUCUUCCCCAAGUUGGGAGAUGCACAAUUCUGGAUUUAAAGAAAGAGGGGAAAAAA